AAUAAACAGCAUGUCAAUGACUUUACUCACGGGGAAUGAAUUUACAUUAAACUUAUUGGCUCCUUAUCUGUUUAUCUCAUUGAAUUUGCAGCAAAUUGUUCUGGACUCAGAAAGUUAUCACAGUUGACCUGGUGCUAGACAAUGACAUUGUAACGGGUGUAUGACUGAAAAUAACAUCUGAAGUUUUUGCAGUUUUAAGGCAAUGGAAUGGAACACUCAUUAAAGCACCGAUCUAAGUGUCUGCAGUAUUUACAUUUCGAGCUCAAAUCCAGCCAAGACUAACAUUCCCUUUCGUUUUUCUGAGGUCUGUAAGAUAAAGUACCAGUCAUUUCCCGUAAUGUAUUCUAGAUGUACCUGACUACUAUUUGGAACGUAAUAGUGAUAUUGUAAAGUCAAACUACUAUAUAAUAAGACACUGAAUUGCAAGAAAAACACACCAGACGAUGGGAGCUUGGGCCAGUUUUCUCAGAAGUAAAGGAUUUUAAAUGAAUUGACAAAAAUAAGGUGUCAUCUAUUCUUCAUAUAACAAUGAUUAUAUGAUGAAGUAUAAAUAUAUCACAUUGAGCAAGUCCAUUGUUUGGAAUGGAUAAUCUGUUUCCGAAGGGUCUUGUUCCAUCUCAAAUAUGUUCCACUUCCUUCUAUCAGCAAUUCAGGAGUUCAUUUUGGUUCCCUCGGAUAUAUGCUAGUGAGGUUGAAACUCCUCUUGCAGACACAUCUCCUCCAAUUGAAACGCAGACCCAGCCUACUGAUGCUUUAAUAAAAGCCACUGAAAAUCUGAGAAAACAAGCACUAGAAAACAAAUUAAUUAUUUCAGAAUUAGAUAUACAGAAGUUUUUGUCAUCAGAGACCGGAUGGUAUCGUUUGCAGAAAAUGUACAGUAAAGACAUCCAGGGGAAUUACAGUCCCGAGCUGAAUUUUAUUGGUAGUUCCCUAUUCAAGAUUGGUCUCUUGACAUUCUGUGUAUGUUCAUUUGUGGGUGGCAGAGAAGCUAGUGACAAGUUCAUUAAAGAUAAUAAUGCAUCUGUUUUCCGAACCAAAUUUCAGGCAAAUAGGAUGUUGACUGACCGUGUUGUGUUAGCAGGAAUGAAGUCAGGCGUCUUUUGGAGUUAUCGCACGUGUUUCUUCUCCUCAGUAUUCCUUUUAUUAUCACAAUCUAUAGCUGUCUACAGAAACAAAAGCAGUGUUUGGGAAUAUUUAAUAGCUUCAGGGAUAACAGGAAUGUUACUGAAGGUGAACUUGGGACUGAGAGGAAUGGUUAGUGGUGGUAUAUUUGGUUCACUCAUGGGUUUAUGUGGUGGUUCUAUUAUCUAUGGUUUUAUGGUAUUAACCAAUGAAACUCAAGAUCAACGACAUUACUGGGAAAUACAAAAGUAUUUGGAAGAGAAAAAACAGCAACAAGCAAUGAAUGCCUGAAUUCAUUUGAAAUUAGUAAUAAAUAUGUUGUAAUAUUUUUUUAAAA